AUGGAGCAAGAAGGACACCAAAGCGCGGACCUGGACAGAAACAAGGAAAGUUCAGAUAUGCUCGCUGAGAUGGGGACUGAUGCUUCUUUCACUGCCACUCCUCUGGUUCGAUCUAGAGCAACGUCUUUAUGCACAGACCCAACGUUUAUGCAGGAUCAGAUCGCCAUCCAGAGAAGUGCAUCAACGGCGAAAGAUCAUGUUUCUGAGCUGACGAAACAGCUGUCGCUAAAAAGCAAAGGAAGCCAAGGCCAAAUCAACAAGGCAACGGAAGGGGAAGGGGAGAGAAAAUCUGAAACCCCUACUCCAAGUCAACACCCAAAGAGCUUGCUGUCAAAGUCGCCAUCAAAUGGCUCAGAAAGAUCCGCCAAAUCUGUAAAGAGCGUUCACGCUGUUGGCAGUUAUCCGCUUGGGUGCCUUCGCGUCCACUCUCCCUCAUCCUCGCCUCCGCCAUCGCCAUCACCAUCACCAGCCCCAGCAUCCAACAAAAACCCGCCCAAUCCUUUGCUGCAAUCAGGAGAUGUGUUCAUCGUCAGAGACGUUACUGGGGGUUCUCUGUUUGGAUAUGACAGUGUUGCAUUCAGCAUAAAGGAAAAUGAGAAUUUUGAUGGUGUAAAAGCCAUCCCACAUGGCCUCCACUUCUUCUGGGGGGGCUCUAACAAAACCUCGCUAAGAAAUGGCUUCUGGAUUAUAUCAAAGAGUCACGUUUCUGAGGAAUACGGGGCCAUUCAUGUGAAAAGAUGGGAUCAAGAGAACGAGGUAUUGGAUGAGGAAGUGAGCAAGGCUGAAGUCAGAAUCCAAAAGGAGGAUCUCCCAGAGAUAUACGACAAAUUACAAACAUACAUGAUUCCAACUGUCAAUACGACUGCAAUAGCACAUUCAGCCCAACCAGGUACGGCUGCUGCAAGCGACCCAAACUUGUGGCCACGCUUGGUAUCAUCAAUCACUGGAGUACUACUCAACAGAAUCACGGGAAAUAAAGGAUGGAACAAUUGGCAAGUCUGUUCGGUUCAUGAUCACCUUUACAAGACUUCACCAGCCAAUAAUUUGGAGCUCUCCAUGGAAAACCACCGCGGCGAAGUUCUUCUUUCCAACUAUCGCGACGAAGUCCUUCGCUUCACUUUUCCACAGUACAAGAGAACUUUCUCUGAGGAAUCACUUGGACGCACCCGUACAGAACAAGCAAUGGACUCGACCUCGCACAUUCUCAAGAUAAUCAGCACUAACUGCAGUCAUGGAGACCCGGACGAGAUUAUUGGUGAAGUCCAAUUCUGCUUCAUUACCGGCAUGCUUCUCGGAAACGUUGCCUGUAUGGAACAAUGGAGCCAUGUUGUGAGAAUGGUUUUUGGCGCAUAUGAUUUGGUUCUGCAAGAGCCUGUCUUCUUCCGAAAGUUCAUCGAGGCCAUCCAUACGCAAUUUAUUUAUGACGACGAAGGAUUGGAGGGCAGCAUUCUUGAUCAUGAACCAAACUUGAGCGAUGAUCUGAAGCCCAUCCUGACAAAAUUCAAGGCGCGACUUAACGAGAUGUUGUUGGAACUUGGCGCAAACAUUAGCUUGGAGCAAUCGGCCGUUGGAAAAGCAUUUUUAGAGCUGGAGACAUGGUUGUGGAAGUGGGACUGGGAUUUGCGCGCCAAUUAUGUACGAUCUGGAAAAUACCAACUCGAAGACGGCACUUGGAUCGACGCUGAACUCAACGACUUUCAAGCUGAAGAUGAACGAGGUGAGUUUGCGCCAGUAAUGGUAGAACUGGACGACAACGGGCGCGAAAAAGGUCUCAUACAUUUCUGA